AUGUCUGCAAACCAUCUAAAUGAUCCAAUUGGGAAUCCAGUAUCCAAGAAGGCUGAUGCACUGGCCACAGAUCUUAUAUGUGAUGAAUAUGGAGUUAUCAGGAGCCUCCGGAAGUAUCUUGGAGCUAGUGUUGAGACUGCCAAGAAACUUAAAACAUACAAUAUUCAAAUCGUUGGUAUGCAAAUUAUUGCAUUUCCCCAACAAUCAACGGGAAUAUUUGUUGGUGAAAUGAUUGUAGCCGAACUUGUAUCAUAUACAGUGUGUUAA